AUGAAGGAAAAAUCCAAGAACGCGGCAAAGACUAGACGGGAAAAAGAAAAUGGAGAAUUCUACGAACUGGCCAAACUCCUGCCCCUGCCCUCGGCCAUCACCUCCCAGCUGGACAAGGCGUCCAUCAUUCGCCUCACCACCAGCUACCUGAAAAUGCGAGCCGUCUUCCCCGAAGGUCUGGGCGACGCCUGGGGACAGCCGAGCAGGAUAGGGCCCCUGGAUAACGUGGCCAUGGAGCUGGGAUCCCAUUUGCUUCAGACAUUGGAUGGUUUUGUUUUUGUGGUAGCAUCAGAUGGCAAAAUAAUGUACAUCUCAGAAACAGCAUCUGUACAUCUUGGCUUAUCUCAGGUGGAGCUUACUGGUAAUAGCAUUUAUGAGUACAUACAUCCUUCUGAUCAUGAUGAGAUGACAGCUGUUCUUACUGCUCACCAGCCUCUUCAUCCUCACCUCUUACAAGAAUAUGAAAUUGAGAGAUCAUUCUUCCUGAGAAUGAAGUGUGUCCUAGCCAAGAGGAAUGCAGGAUUGACAUGCAGUGGCUACAAGGUGAUCCAUUGCAGUGGCUAUUUGAAGAUACGGCAGUAUAUGCUAGAUAUGUCUUUGUAUGAUUCCUGUUACCAAAUCGUUGGACUGGUGGCUGUAGGUCAAUCUUUACCUCCCAGUGCAAUCACUGAGAUCAAACUUCACAGUAAUAUGUUUAUGUUCAGAGCAAGUUUGGACUUAAAAUUGAUAUUCCUAGAUUCCAGGGUGACUGAAUUGACUGGAUAUGAGCCCCAAGAUCUCAUAGAAAAAACCCUCUACCACCAUGUUCAUGGCUGUGAUGUGUUCCAUUUACGAUAUGCUCAUCAUCUGUUGCUGGUGAAAGGCCAAGUCACAACCAAGUACUAUCGACUACUGUCCAAGCAUGGAGGCUGGGUUUGGGUACAGAGCUAUGCUACUAUUGUGCAUAACAGCCGUUCAUCACGGCCUCACUGCAUAGUGAGUGUCAAUUAUGUCCUUACAGAUAUUGAGUAUAAGGAACUUCAGUUGUCACUGGACCAGGUUACUAUUUCUAAGUCACAGUUUUCAUGCAGAAACUCAGUAUCUACCUCGCAGGAAACAAGGAAAAUAGUAAAACCCAAAAGUAAUAAAAUGAAGGCAAAACUCAGAACAACGCCUUACCCACAACAGCAAUACAGCUCAUUCCAAACAGACAAACUGGAAUGCAGCCAGGUGGGAAACUGGCGAUCCAGCCCUGCAGUGAAUGCUGCCACCAUUCAAGAACAAAACUUCCAUUCAGAAAACAGUGAACUUUUAUAUGCCCCGUCAUAUAGCUUGCCUUUCUCUUACCAUUAUGGACACUUCCCUGUAGAUUCUCAUGUCUUCAGUAGCAAAAAGCAAAUGCUGCCUUCAAAGUUUGGGCAGUCUCAAGGAGCACCUUGUGAAGUUGCUCGAUUUUUCUUGAGUACGCUGCAGACAAAUGGAGAAUGCCAGUGGCAUUACGCCAACUCCUUGGUACCCAACAGCCAGUCACCAUCCAAAAAUCUUCCUGAGCAGCCAGUGAAUAUCCUUCGACACAAUCUUGCACAGAGUUAUGAAGUGCCCAUAUCAAACAGAAGAUACAGCCAAGAUGCUCUAUCUGACAACUUUACAAGCUGCACAGCACCCAUGCCAGGCAGCAGAUACAAAGAAGAGAUUUAUGAUUCUGGCAUCAUGAAACCCAACAAAAUAGAAACCAGGAUUCAGCCACCUCACCACCUCAUUAAAGAGGAAAACAAGUUAGCUUUUAACAGAGACCUACCAGAAAAAAUGAGCAACAAUGAAAGUUCUUUUUCAAACUCAAUAGCUAACUCCUUGCUGCCAAAAUCAGAAUGUUUUCAGUCUAAAGCUAUAGGACAAUUAAGUCACCUCCUGCCAAUGCCCUCAGUAUAUGAGCAGACAAGAAGGAUUUGUAUGAAAGAACCCAAAUACGGGCACAUUAGUCACCACGCUACAAAUCUAGAUGAACUGGACAACAAUGAGAUGACUGGAAAGCUUGAUCAUGACUCCGAAAGUGAACGUGUGAUGGAUGUGAGAUCCUCUGGACAAGUUCCAUUUGUGCUUCUAAAUUAUCACCAUGUUUUAGCCAAACAUGGUACAUUUCAAUCUUCAUCAUGUACAGCGACAGGACAUGUAGGAGAAAAUUACGGAUACAAUUCUGAAGAAGUAAAUACAUUUAUUUACAAAAACCAAAGCCCCUCAUCAGCUUCUUCUCCAGAAACCCACAAGGAAUCUGCACUACCCCAUUAUAUUGGAACUUCUGUAAUAAUAGCCAAUGGAAGGUGA